CAUGCACUAAACGUCAGUCUACCAUCGCCUUCGCGUGGUGUUCUCCGCAACGGUUUAGUCUCCUGAUCUGCUCUUCACAUUCAAAAGUCUGAUUCACUAUGAGGCUCAUUACAUGCUUGGCAGUUGAAGCAGUCUUGUUUGCCCUUGUGGAUACCGCCAUUGUUGGCGUGAGAUUUGAAGUGGUAUGUCGGAUACAGCGCCAUAGACGACUGCGUAGGGGUCAUCGUCUAUGGGUUCACGCUCUUUUGAUGGAGCGGGAUUCAUGGUCAGAAGAUGAUCUUUUGAGAGAAAGACAAUAUAGAAAUCGCGACGAUAGUCCCCGGAUGGGGCUCACUUUGUACAGUGGAGAUGCUAGCGAUGGAUUUGGCGAUUAUUAUCUGGAGGUGUAUCUUGAUAUUGUGCAUAAUUGUGUGAGAUAUCACAAAAUGGAAACUAGAACAAAAAGAAUCGAAGUUGGAGAUUUUCCAGUAGACAAGAGGGAACCCACGCUGGUGAAUCUUGGAAGGAUCUAUCUUCCUUAGUGCCACAGAGUACGGAAGUAAUGCCGAUCAAUGUUGAUGUGCAUCAGAAUAAAUCAUGGUGCCUUU